UUUUACGCACUGUUGUCUCGGAGUCACCUUUAUCAUGACGCGAAGAUCUUGUGCGAUAUAUGGAGUCGGGAUUGUUUGCGCCAGUCUACUGAUCAUCGGGAUUGGCUUGGUUGUGACUCAAGUAUUUCAAACUUUAAUCCAUAACCGGUUAAAAAAGGAGAUAACUCUGACAGAGGGUAGUCGUGUGUUUGAGACAUGGAAAAACCCUCCUCCUCCCGUCUUCAUGCAAUACUUCUUCUUCAAUGUCACCAACCCAGAUGACUUCCUGGAUGGAGCCAAGCCUAUCGUCUCUCAGGUCGGCCCUUACACAUACAGGGAGUACAGGCCCAAGGAAAAUGUGACGUUUGUAGAUAAUGGGACCAGAGUGUCUGCCUACCAACCCAAGACAUUUGUGUUCCUGCCAGAGCGCUCUGUAGGUGAUCCUGAUUAUGACAUGAUCACAACCAUCAAUAUCCCAGCUGUGGCGGUGAUGAACAAGGUGAAGGAUAGUUUCUGGAAGAGUUCGAUGGUAUCUAUCUGGAUGAAUUCACUUCAUAUCGGCAUGUUCAUGACGCGCUCCGUCAACGAGCUGCUGUGGGGCUUCAAGGACCCUCUGUUGUCCCGCAUCCAUCCCAUGAACCCAGAGAUCGACGAGUACUUUGGCCUCAUGUACAAGAAAAAUGGAAGCAAUGAUGGUGAAUUUGUUUAUCAUACCGGGGAGGAGGACUUCAUGAACUACGGCAGGGUAGCCACGUUUAAAGGAGAAAGUAAACUGAGCCUGUGGACGUCUGAGCAGAGUAAUAUGAUCAACGGUACAGACGGCAGUGCCUUCCACCCCCUGUUGUCCAAGACGGAGAGACUGUACAUCUUCAGUCCUGACCUGUGCAGGUCCAUCUUCAUGGAGUUUGAGAAAGAUGUGAAGGUGAAGGGGCUCCCAGCGUAUCGUUUCACCCCUCCUCGUGAUGUCCUGGCAAGCAAGGAGGAGAACCCAGCCAACGAAGGAUUCUGUGUCUCCCCCAAAGAGUGCCUCGGCACCGGCUUGCUCAAAGUCAGCGUAUGCCGAAAAGGUGCUCCAGUCGUGACGUCCUUUCCUCAUUUCUACCUGGGAGAUGAGAAGUACUCUAACGCCAUUGAAGGACUGGAUCCUGUCAGAGAGCAUCACCAGACCUACCUGGACCUGAACCCGACCACUGGUGUUCCUAUCCGGGCCAGUAAGAGAGCUCAGAUCAACAUCCUCAUCAACAGAAUCAGUGGCUUUCCGAAAACCAAAUCCCUGAACGAGACUAUCUUCCCUGUCAUGUUUAUCAACGAGACGGUAGUGAUUGACGACGUGUCGGCGGCGAAGCUCCACAAACUGUUGCUGAUGGUGAUGCUGGUGUCCAACGCCCCUCUCGUCCUGGUUGGUCUGGGGGCCAUCCUGCUGCCGGUGUUCAUCGGCCUCAUCGUCUGCGAAUACAAACAGAAGAAGUCAACAAAGGAAGACACAUCUUAUUCCCCCGUGAGCAACAAGGAGGGUGACGAAAAAAAUGGCAGCAGCUACGUUGCCUUGACUCCCGUUAUUGACAAGUCUUGAGGAGGGAAUGGGAAGGGUUUAUGGAGAGACAGAUGUAGGAUCUUAAUAUGAACCAGUUUGCUACAGCAGGAAAAUAAUCCAACAGGAAAUGUGAAUUAUGUGGAUUAUAAUUAAUGGACAUUUUUGUAGGGGUUUUUAAAAGUCAAAAACACUACAAGUUUGCAAUUCUCAGAAACAAAACAGUGAUAAAAUUACGAUCCUACAUCUGUAUAUCAUAUAUAUCCGUGUGAGUUGCUGUUCAGGCCUGGAUCGUUGUAAAUCAUUCUGGCACUAGUUAGACUACUUUGAUAUGUCUUCGUUUUUUUGUUUUGUUACUUUGUUUGUUUGGAUCUGGUUCAACCCACAAAAUGGGGCUAAUCUUCCCGAAGUCCCUGUUAACCCACAAAAUGGGGCUAAUCUUCCCAUAGUCCCUGUUAACCCACAAAAUGGGUCUAAUCUUCCCGUAGUCCCUGUUAACCCACAAAAUGGGUCUAAUCUUCCCGUAGUCCCUGUUAACCCACAAAAUGGGGCUAAUCUUCCCGUAGUCCCUGUUUAGCCCCAUUUUGUGGGUUAUCUUCCCGAAGUGUUGACAUACAGUACAUGGCCAAUUUGACCAGCUGUUUCAAACAUUCUAUAAAAUAUAAACUGUUUGAUACCUGUUAUUCAACAUUUUGUAAAAACAAAAAAGCUUUAUAAAUACAUUUGAUUGAUUGAUUGAUUGAUUGAUUGACAGAUCUAAUGCAGUUCCACCCCCGACACUCUCAAAACAACUGCUAUUAGGAUGUUGCCUAAAGUGAAGCUGAUUGAAUUGAACCCUUAAUCUGUAUCUGGGAAACCACCCCUGGGUGUGUCCUAAAGAUGUGUCCUAAAGAUGUGUCCUUAAGACGUGUC